UCCUUUUUUGUUCUGUUCUGUCUUUCCUCUCUUCCUUCUUUUCUUUUAGUAAGAUAAAUACAGUUAUAUAUACCACAUGUCUGACUUAGAGGACUAGUAUUAAUGGAUUCUGUCAGGACGAUACAUGUAUAAUCAGAUUAGUCAUCGUUUAAAAAUAUUGAACAGGUUGACAAUUUUACUAGAUCUUCUGCUUAAUCAGUUUUACCUACUUUUCAUAAUAUUUUACGUUUACUUCAUUAAUUUUACAAAGCUAAAGAUAGUACUUCAGGGUUGAGUCAGGGGUAGGGAGGCGGUCAUGGAGGCCUUCUAACACAACAAGGAUCAGGGUUCUUUAGGAAACCCGGUAUGGUUCAUUACAACGGUCAAUUACAAAAACUUGAUUAACUAUUUUCCCCUGUUACUUAUUUAUUUUUAUUUGUGCGGUUCAGUGAAAACCCCAGCUCUGUAAAUGUGUCAUGUAUGCUCUUUUUGUUAAUCUACAUGUUCCAAUGGUUUGAAGACUUCAGUGCAUCUAAGACUUACCUGAGAUCUUGUUGAAAAUAUUCUUGCUACCACCUCUCUCUGCCAUGAGAUUCUGGCAUCAGCGUCUUUUCCGGAAUUUACUUUGCAAUGAUUCAGUUAUUUUACAACUUGAGUCCCUUAAAACUAAGGAAUGUAAUUCAGUAAGUUGUAUCCACCUGUCACCAGGUAUUUUGGAACUUACUUCGUAUUCAGUUUCUUGAAAGAAUAGAAAGCACAUUUGGAGUUUCCUAGGUUUUGUGGCCCGGCCUGAACAAAACAACUAAUAAUAACCUAGCUUCUAUAGAGUUGCAAACAAUUUGCAGUGUGGAGUACUGGCUGUUCACAAAUUGGGACUAGCCUAUAUUGUUUUGAGAGAUGCCUGUUCCCACUUGAGGUCCUCAUGACAGGUGCUCACUCAAUUCCCUUGAAUGCUUAUUGACCUUAGAGGAGGGUUAAAACGCUGUGUUCUAAAUGUAGUUACAUCUUUUCAACUUGCCCAUGUCUGUUUCAGACUCACCAUUUCAUUAUUAUUAUUUGCUUUGAGACUGUCGUGCAAUAGGAAGGUAACCACUGGUGGUUGCGUUGGAUUGCAGGGCGAGGCCGGCUGGUUCCUGCAGUGCCCAGGCCUGCACGGAAGCGCCCAGCAGAACCCAGCUGAGGCUACACGCUUUUCCCCCCCGCUCUGCCAGAGGGCUGAGCAGCAAAGCGCUCCCCGGGGGCAUUGUGUGUGAGCUGGCCGCGGAUCGCAGGCCCAGGGGGCAGCUCCACCGCAGGAGACAAGACACGCCUCAGGCCGGGCAAAUUCCCGGCCCCCUCUGGCCCCAAGCCAGCAGCCGCCGCCCGCCACCUCCUCUCCAACUCCGCUGUGGCCCCGGCCGCCCCGCCGGGCCCCGAACUCGCCCGCGCCGCGGCGCCGGCCCCUCGGCCCCCGGCGCAGGCGGCGCGGCUGGGACAGGACCGAUGUGGCGCAUGCGUGGUGGCGCCACCAGGCGCGGGAGCUGCGGCGGCGGGGACGGCGGCGGGGACAGCCGCGGGCAGGGCCGCCCGGGCCGGGCUCGUGGGGGUAGCGGCAUAGGAGGCGGCGUGGGCUGGCGAGGCCGUGCGGGCGGCGCCCGACAGCAGCUGGAGGAGCGGUUCGCAGACCUGGCGGCGAGCCACCUGGAGGCCAUCCGCGCGCGGGACGAGCGGGACCGGCAGAACGCGCGGCUGCGCGAGGAGAACGCCCGGCUGCGGCUUGAAAACAGGCGGCUGAAACGCGAGAACCGCAGCCUCUUCCGUCAGGCCUUGCGGCUUCCCGGCGAGGGCGGCGACGGGGCGGCCGCGGAGGCGGCCGGGGCCACCCCGGGCCCCGAGGAGGCCGGCACGAACCGGAGGGCGAGAGGCGGCGGCCUCGAGGACGAGCCUGGCAGCCCCAGGGCCCUGAGAGCCCGGCUCGAGAAGCUGGAGGCCAUGUACCGCCGGGCCCUGCUGCAGCUGCACCUCGAGCAGCGGGGGCCGCGCCCGCGUGGCGACAAGGACGAGCCGCCUUUGCGCGCACUGGAGUCGGGCCUGCGAGCCCCGGACCCGGAUCCCCCAGAGCCCUGGCUGUAGCCGGAGGCCGCGGCCGGCGAGAGGCGGAGCCUCGCGCGGCCCCUCCUUCUUCGCCCGCGGCUCACCCGCCUAGCAACGCCCGGGGCCCUGCGCCGCAGGACUGGACCGCUGCGCCCGCUGCCUGCCGCCUGCUGCCCCACGCU